GGAUGAAGAAUACUGUUUUACUGUUUCUUAUAAGGGGCGGAAAAGCCCUAUUUGUCCUCACUGUUCCAGGAUAAUAUCAAGAAGGUGGAAAAGUCAUUUCUGACCUUGCUCUUCUCUGCGUUGGAUAUGGAUCGUUGUUUGGGUUUGGAAUUCAGCCGCUCAGAUCAAGAAAUAAAAAAGCAAAAGAAGAGAAAAGAAGGAAAAGAAGAAUCGAAGAGAGGGGAAGAUCUCGCCGAUAACCGUCGGGUUUGGAACUCAGCCACUUAGAUCAAGAUCAAAAAAAGCAAAAGAAGAAUAGAAAAGAGGAGAAGAUCUCGCCGAGAGAAGAGAGCAGAGAGAAAAGAGGAAUAGAAGAGACGAAAGCAGAAACGAAAGAAGAGAGAAGAAAGAAAAGAGGGAUAGAAGAGAAAAGAAAGACGAACGGAAUAGAGGAAAGGAGAAGAUCUCGGCGACAAUAGAUCGGUUGCAAGAUAGCUGAUGUUCAGAAAAGGCAAUUUUCACGUCAUCAUCUGAGUAGGAGAAAGGAUUGGAGCAGGCGAGGCCGAUUAAAGGAAGAGGAGAAGAACUUGGUUUGAAUUCUGUUUGGAUCAAUUUUGGGUCGUCCUUUCUGUCGAUUUUGAAAGGUUUCAAAUUGAAGGGGUAUUGUUUGCGCUCCAGUUUGGGAUUUAAGUGAUCGAUUGGAAAAAGCUGAAGUUACGGUUGCUUUUUACAGAAUUUAUGCAAAAUAGUCUACAUAUCAUUUGGCUGCCACUGUUCCUUGGUCUACUGUUUAACGUUGUGUCCAUCUUUGAUUCGUAUUCAGAGCUUUGGGACAGUGUGCACUCAGUUAUGGCAUGUGAUAUCACGCACAAAAGAGGAAAAAGAAUGUUGGAACAAAAUGAUGCUGAAGGUCUAAAUCGUGAUGCAGAGAUAGAAACAAGAAACAACAGUGAGAAUUUUUAUGCCAUGAGAGGCCAAACUGAUAGUGGGGAUUUUGGUACAGAGGGAAUGCAUCAAAGAAGAUCAAGAAGACCAAGACGUGUUACUGAACCUGCAAUAAUAGAGGAAAAAUACACUUCUAAACAGUUGAAUAGAAGAUCAAGAGGGCGAAGACAUGUUGCUGAACCUGCAGUAACAGAAAAAAAUGACAGCUCUGAACACUUGAUUAGAAGAGUUGAACCUGCUGAAGAAAAUAACACUCUGUUGUUGAAUCAAACUUUUGUUAACAGUGAACAUUCGCAUGUUAGUCAUACAGGUCACUGUUCGUUCUCAUUCGGUCAGGCAUCAUAUCAGAAAAGUAGAGCAGGAUUGAUUAUGAGAUAUGAAGAUUUGGGUGAUAAUAUUCAUGAAUGCAAUUAUUGCAAUGCGAAUUUUUGGUCUAGAGAGGCUCUUAAACAAUCAUCUUCAAAUGCACCUCUCAUUUAUACAAAUUGCUGUCAAAAAGGUCAAAUCCAAGUUCAGUCAUCAAAAGAAGCUCCAUAUUUUCUUGAACAAUUAUUAGAUCCAAAUAAUGACUCAAAUAGCAGAGUAUUUAGAGAGAAUAUUAGAGUCUAUAAUUCAAUGUUUUCUUUUACAUCAAUGGGAGCAGCAAUUGAUAAAAAUAUUAACAUUGGUUCAGGUCCCUAUGUUUUUAAGAUAAGUGGGCAAGUACACCAUUUAAUGGGUUCUGUUUUACCUUCUGAUGGAGAAUGUCCUAAAUUUGCUCAGCUAUACAUAUAUGAUACAAAAAAUGAGAUUUCAAAUCGGAUUAAUGCUAUUGAUCCUACUCAUGUUAAUACGAAAAUUAAGCCAGAUAUUGUACAAGGACUGAUAAAAAUGUUUGAUGAAAACAAUGAUUUAGUAAAAGAAUUUCGAACAAUGAGAAACAAGUUUGAAGCUCAUUCUUUAUCUUCGUUUAAUAUGACUAUACUUGAUCAUCAACCUACUGAUAGUAAACAAUAUGAACAGCCAACAAGUGAAGAAAUUGGUGGUUUAAUAGUUGGUGACAUUGGACAAUUUGAUUCAAAUAAAGAUAUUAUUAUUCAAUCAAAUAGCGGAAAUUUACAGCGCAUUUCUAAAUAUUUCCUCUGUCUUAGAGGAUAUAAUCUGCGAAACACACUUCUUUGUCAAUCCAUUGCUGAUAAAGUUCACAAAGAAGCUCUAGCUCUUUUCUCUAAGUUGCAUCAGAGUGGAUUAGGUCAUGACGAUGUCAGUGAGCACUGUGUUCUUAGUAGGAUAAACAAAGUUGAUUAUGAUGAAGGCAAUUUGACAGCUGAUCACGGUUCAAAUAAUUUCCUUUCUAAAGUAUGGUUAAAUUCGAUAACGGUGCUACACAGUGAAGGAUCCAAAGUUGAUUAUGGUUUUUGGGAAAUAUAG